CGCUUCGAGUACUUGUUUCCAUUUCCAACAUGCCAUCAACUCUAAGCAAACUGUAUGAUGCCGCAGCCAGUGGUUCCGUCGAGCGCACGGUUGCCGUGCUUUCUCAAGGGUCGGUAGACAUCGAUGGAGGCUAUGGUGAUGUGGGCCGGACCCCGCUUAUGGCGGCCUCCACCAUGGGAUACUUGCGGGUCGUAAGGGUCCUUUUGAGACCCGGAGCCAGAGUGUCGGUGGCGGACAAUGACGGUGCGACAGCUCUACACCUGUCGAUUGUCAUCAAACACCUGGCCGUCAGCAGGGCUCUGGUCAAGGCCGGAGCGGGCGUUGAAGCGCGUGGUGUAGACGGUACGCCGCUUCACGUGGCCGCGGCGAAAGGAUUCCACAAAGGAAUGGUGAUGCUGAUCCACGUGGAUGCAGUUCACGCGAUCUCCUGGUGUUGGCCGAGCGCGCUCGAGAAAUCAAAGCCGAUCGUUCGCGUGCUGCCGGGUCUGAAGCGCAGGGCGACGAAGCCUUGUGUGCUCUUGGCGGCCCUGUCCAGGUACAACAACAAGCAAGACGGACCGUUCCUGGGGUACUCUCCGGAUAAGAAUGGGGAAUAGGACAGCGACCGUAACUGCUGUACGUGGGCAGGGGUACAAACGAAGGAGGCUGCCGCGGGCGAAGCUACUGCUGCUCGGUCGUAUUGGUGAUGGGUUUCGCCAUUGGCCAAGCUUGCUCUUGUGUGCUGUGUGUUAAGGAGAUAGAGUGGGACAUGGUAGCCCGGAAACACGCUAGCUAUCGCUGC